UAGCGCUCUUGUUGUGGUUUUCAAUUCAGAACGGUCGUUUGCAGGUCAUCCCAAAUAUGAAUUUAACAAUUUCAAGUAGAAAACAUUGUUUUUAAGUGGUCUGGAAGUAUCGAAGGAGGUUGGUAGUUGCUUAACAAUGGACAAAUAUAUUCGUGUGAGGAAAAUUGGAGAAGGUUCAUUUGGGAAAGCUUUGCUUGUCAAGUCGAAGACCGAUGGCACACAGUAUGUUAUCAAGGAAAUCAAUAUUUCAAAGGUAGUAGUUAACUUAUUUAUUUGUGUACAUCUUUAAUAAAUACUGCAAGUCAUUUGUCUUUUAAAACCACGCUUUUAUUAUAGAUGGCAGCGAAAGAAAGACAAGAAUCGCGAAAAGAGGUAAGGUUGUAUUUGUUAAUACGUCUCGACGUUUUUGUUUGUUAUAAUUUGUUAUAGUCGCAGUGUGCACUCUGUGAAUUUGGCCCACCAGAUAUUUUGGCCCGCAAUUUGAACGAAUCACAUAAUUUAAUUUCCCAAAGAAUCAAAGUUGAUCAUUUAGUUACGAUCACUUGUCUGCAAUAAUUUAAAAGCAAUGUUUAUAAAUUAAUAAAAAAAAUAAUACAAUCAUGACUUACUUUCAGUUUUAGUAGCCGAUUACAUGAGCCGAGUUGCCCAGCUAGCCGAGGUGGGACAAUUUUACAGAUACCGCAGCUUAUAUAGUAAAUACUAUUAAAAACAAUGCGAUUGCAUAGGAAAAGGGUCAAUUCAUCUAGCCGAGACCUCACUUGUUGAUAAUUACCAAGACAACUCGGUUAGCUGAGUUGAAAAUUUUGCAUUUUGACCAGGGGCGUAGCGUGACCUUUUUAACUGGGGGGUGUAACAUCUAAGUUUUACCGACGAGCACGUGCCACUUGAAACGAAAGAAUCUGUUUUAUCCAAUGGUCUCAUUUUCAAUGAUGUCAACUACUUACUCAAUAUGUUUUGUGCUUAGUAGGGUUGGAUCAGUACAGCAUGCAUUAUCCCAUAGUUGCCAACUUUGGCGAAAAACAUGCGUGAGAUUUUGUUUUGGGGGACCCACGCGCCACAAGGCGCCACCAUGGUUGGCGCCGAGCGAAAAUUUUCCGAAAAUAUGGAGUCUCUAGAUCGUUGGAAAUGGCAUUUUCAGAGUCUUCUGCACUUUAUACACACAAGUUUUGGUAGCUUUUAUUUAUAUUAAACAAAACCAUAUUGUUGAAUACCCACGAGGUUGCAUGUAGAGAUGUUUUGAUUAUGUAUUUCAGAAGAAAAAAGUUUUAUGUAAUUUGAUGCAAAUAAACUUAAUGAAAAUAGUUAAAAUGUGCAACAAAGCCAACAUAUUUAAGAACCAGUUGUUAAUAUUUGCAAAAUCCGUGAGAAUCUGUGAAUAUUAACAAGCUGUGAGUGUGAGCUCACCGUGAGUUUUAGUAGAAUUUGUGACCGCCCCUUAUAUGCUACAUAUACCAUCUCUGAUAUACCAUAACAGCUAUACAGCAAUUGACAAAUAUAAAUAUUUCGGCGUUUAAUUUAAUGACACUUACCGUGACUUUAGUCUGCCGUCAAGAAAUAACGUAAAACCCGAAACGCAGCAAAUGUUUCAUUAAUUGGAAUAAUUGUUGUCUUUGUUACUUCGCGAUAAGUCAUUUUACUCAAUGACAUUUAUCUUGUUGUUUAUUGUAAUAAACAGACUUGAAAAAUUGGCGAAACAUUUUAUGAGAACCGCGUGUCAAUAAUAAAUAUAUAAAUAUAAUCUUUCAUUCUUUGGCGUAUCAUUGUCAAGGUCAAAAGUUCGCGCACAGUUGAGCAUGUCCAAUCAGAACCGACUGUUUUCGCAGCUCUUGCAAGUGUAAUACGAUAGGAAAUUAGGGGCUGCAAUGCUUAUGCGUAGAUAUGUGAUUACUGAAGAAUUACGUAUAUUACGAAUUAUAGUACAUGUUGCAUAACUUUAUUGGAGAACAAGGCACAACAUUCAUUUAAUUUUAUUGAUUAUUAAAAAGCCAUUUACCGAGGAGCAAAAUUCCACUUUAACCGAUUUGUUUUACCGACCGCUGUCAUGGCUCUUGCCAUUACCGAGUAACUUCUCGUUUUACCGACUACGCCCCUGAUUUUGACCAAAGCGGGCUGAAAAAUCACUCUGUGCACUGUUUUAAUUUUGAAAAUGUAAACAAUUAUAAGUUUAAAAACUCAAACUGCAUCAAAAUGUUGUUUUAAGUUUUAGGACAGUGAAGGGAUUGCAUUUUAUGAGAGUGCAAGCGAAAAAAAAAAUGCUGUUGGGGCCAAUACUCUGCCUUGUACCCAGGCGUCUCUUUGUAAAAAGACAGUGAUGCGCAUAAGACGAGUUUACAUGAAGUAUUGUAGUGGGGAUAGAUGGGCGAAGGGGCUGAUGGCUACCUACCUGAAUACUUCAUGUAUUGUAAUUAUUUAAAGCGCCUGGGUACGAGGCAGGGCCAAUACUAUAAAAUAUAAUCACUGCUAUCAACACCAUCCUAAAAUGAGCUUAAUUUGAACACCCCUAUUAGCCGGGUCAACCCAGUACAUGUAAUUGUAAGUGACAAAUCAACUUGUUUAGCCGGAACAACUCGGCUACAAGGGCGGAUCUUCAUUUUUUUAAAAGGAGGGGUGGAAAAAUUUCUAGUGGGGUGCAAGUGGCACCACUGAGCAAGAUUCGGCAGGGGUUAGGAGUUAGGGUUAAACAUGGUGGGGUUGAGCACUUUAUAAGAGGGGUUAGAGAGAUUCUAGGGGGAUUAAAUUUCCCAGUAAAUCCGCCCAUGCUCGGCUACCUGGGACAACUCACUCCAUGUGAUCAGCCCCUUUUAAAGGUGGUAUAAAGUGAUAUAAAGCCUGGAUCAAACAAGGCUGAGAGUGCCUGAGAGUUCAAGACAGUAAUAAUAGUAAUAAUAAUAAUAAGAACUUUAUAUUUAAUUAAAGUGUCAAAAAAUGAUAGCAGUAUAAAACCACUAAGUAUGGACACUAUCUACAUAAAUGAAUAACUAAUUUCUAAGUAGGUAAAUUCCUACAGAUAAAAUAUUUACAAUACUACUAUGUACUACAUACUGAGCAGUUCUUCCUACAGUCGUCACUAGCCAUUAAAGCUUCUAAAUCAAAUUUUCUCAUUUCUCUUUUAAAUAAUUUUAAUGACUGAAUAGUUCUUAUGUUUGCUGGUAGCUUAGACCAUAGUGGUGGUUGAAAUAUCUAAGAGAAUGUUUACCGUAGUUCACUGUAUAAAUCUAGGGAUACAAAAGUCCUUUUCUCUUAGGUUAUAUACUGUUGAGUUUCUAGAAAACAUGUCUUCCAUGUACUUUGGGCAGAUCUUAGAUUUGACGGUAUACAUGAUGGUCGCAAUAUCUUUGCAGUCUUGUAUUUGAUAAUGUAGGUAGCUUAGCCCAUUCUAAUAACUGCUUAUAAGUAGUGUUCCAGUCACAUAUAUUGCCCGUAAGGCUCUUUCCUGGACGCGAUCUACCUAUCGGGUAUCACUUCCCCUACAAUAAUGCCAAAUCAUACUUCAAUACGUUAAGUAUGGUGGGAUAGCUGCUUUAUAUAAUUGGAGUUUUGCUGCUGUAGGAAUCAUGUUCCGUAGUUUCAUGAUUACUCGGCCUACUCUCUGGCUAGAUUUUUUGCAGACUUCACCAGGGUUCGUAGCACUCUUUGAAAUCUUUGAAAGUCUUUAAAUUUGAAUGCAGGUCUUUGAAAAGUCUUUGAAUUGUGUGAAAAAGCGAAGAAAGUCUUUAAAAGUCUUUAAAUUCUUUAGUGAGUGUUUGAUUAUAUGAUUUUCUAGCUAUUAAAAUAGAUUGAUUGAAGCAAGAUUUUUGCAAAUAUCGACGAAAAGGCGCAUUUUAGGAUGUGAUCUGACGGGACUAAUUACUGGGUAAAAAUGGUGCUUACACUCGCAAUUUUUCGACAGCUGAUUGCUCUCAAAGAUCCUUGAAACGGUUUUGAAAAUAGGCAGAAAAAAUCUUUGAAUUUUUUUUGUCUUGGAGACUACGAACCCUGUUCACUUAUGAUCCCUAAAAAUUAAUUGGCAGUCAUUGUUUACUCCCAGUAAUUUAAUACUUUUGUAGGGAGUAACUGUGUUGCCUUGAAUAUCAAUGUUCAUAUUGAGGUCUUUUUUCUUGCUGAUUAACAUGCUACCGUACCUCGUGAAAUUCCCGUGUAGAUAAUUUGCCUCGUACCAUUUGGAUGCCAUGAUAGCGCUUUCUUGCAAUCUGUUUUGAAUAAUCUCUAUAUCCUUGUGUGUUUCAAACAAUUGAUGAUCAUCCGCAUACAUACAAAUGCUUGAUUUCAUAACGUACAGUAUGUCAAGUCAUUCUGAAAUAAAUUCCACAGCAUAUAUGUGGGUCCAAAUGCUGACCCUUGAGGGCAGCCUCUUUUCACCCGUUUCCAUGUGCUCGUUGUGCUUCCCAACUUCACUCUACUGUAGCGAUGCAUAAAAUACGAAGACAUAAGUUUAAGACUCUGUUCAUCAAAGUUGUAAGCUUUCAGUUUCGCUAACAGGAGUGGUGGAAGCACACUAUCAAAGGUUUUGCUCAUAUCUGUCGACAGCAAACCGACGCACUCUCCAUUAUCCAAAGCCUGUCUCCAGCUCUCUGUUAAAAACAAGAGCGCAGUUUCGCAGCUAUAUAUGACGUUUCCUGUAAGAUAUUCACUCAAUCGACUAUCAAAACUUUCAGUUAUUUGUUUAGUACAGUAAGUACUUUUUCAAAAAUUUUAUUAAUUAAUGGCGAUUUGAACAGUCACUGGCCGAUAAUUUUCUCUUUCAAGUUUAUCAUCUUUCUUGUGGACUGGAAGAAAGAUGAUAAGACUUUCUUUCAAGUUUAUCAUCUUUCAAGUUUAUCAUCUUUCCACUCGCCUUUUUUCCAGUCAUUCAACACAAAUAUUAUAUAAAUUCGUUAAUGGUAAUGCUAUUUCUGUUGCCCCCAACUUCAAUGCCUUAGGUGGUAAUUGGUCCCAUCAUGUAGCUUUGCGCGGAUUUAGCCCCUUCAAUGCUUCUUCCACGUCCCUUGUUUCCACCUUAAGGAAUUUAAAGAAUUGAUUGUCCGUAGGAUUGGAAUCUGUAAUGGCUGUCACACUACUGUGAUCACCAAAAUCAUCUAAGGAGUUCUUACAGUAUUUGCAUCAACUUGGCCAAUACCAUCAGCUAUUGUUCCAAAAUACUCUCCGAAGACCUCUGCAAUAUAAUCUCCUCCUUGUCCCUACUAACUUGACCAUUGAUAUUGAUAUUGAUAUUGAGCUUGAUAUCUGAAUAAUCUCUGCAUUUCGAUUUCGACCCCAAAAAGGGGGUGAAUGUUUUAUAGAAGUCUUGGAGGUUGAUCUUUAGUUCCUCUGAUUUUCUUUUCCAAUAACGCUUAAUUGCCUUCCGUCUGAGUCUUGUCGCUUCAUUUCGUAACUUUCUUAGUAAUUCCCAGUUCUCGAGUGAGUUGGUUUUCCGGUACCGUCUAGCCGCCCUACGUCUUGCCCGUAUUUCUUCCAUUCUAUGGUCAUGUAGGGGACAUCCUGUUCCCUAACCCGCAUCUGUUUACGUGGCAUAUGCUCAACAGGUUUACUUAGAUGUCUUAAUGCUUUCCCAACAUCAUGUAUUCUGUUUAAGUUAAAACAUAGUUCGAACACUCAUUGAAUCUUUAUUUAAUUGUUAAUCUACAGGUAUAUCAUGCUGUAACAAUAUGUAACUGCCAACUCUUAGAUCAACCCUCAUCCUUGUUUGAUCCAGGCUUAAAAUCGUGGCCGUCAUGAGGCUGCAUACAUGUUCUAUCGAUAAUGAUAAAUUACUGUGGAAAUGGUGGUCUUACAGUCAGAAAUCUUGCAUUAUAUUCUUCACCGGCUUGCCAUAGGAAUGCUAGUACUGCAAAAUGAUUGAUAAAAACAUGUAUGAUGGUCGAAGUACAGCAAGGAAUGCAUGUUUUACAAGUUUUAAAUAUAUUUACAUAUUUAACGAUAAUAUUUAACUAAAGCAUUCUGAGUAUAAUUUCUCGUGGCUCGUAAAUCAAUUAAUUGUUUCAAGAAAUCGACAAUACUGUAGAAGUUCAUCUAAUCGCUAUUCGAAAAGCAGAAAAUGUAUGGUCAAGCAGAUUUUUAAGAGGUGGGCUGGACUUCUCUGGUGGGGGGUGGAGAGGGGGUGGGUUAAACACCACUAAGUGGGUUGCGCAUCCCCCUGCGGAUAGAUCUGCCCCUGAUAUUGCUGCCUAGUUAUUUUGUUGUGAGCUGGCCCGCUUGCCAAUAUCUUGGUUGAAAUUGCUCAGCUCAUGGGUAGGUAGGAUGAAAAUUUCCUAUAUGAACACACCAUCGCACUUUCGGAUAUAAAAAUGUUUGCAGUCAUGCAGAUGGGACAAUAGCUGCUGACUGGAAUAGUACGCCGAAUGCGUUUGCAUUUUUAAGUGUUUUGUCAAGAAAGCUAUCGUCCUUUAUAGAAGCCUAGCUCAGAACACUCAGGAUGUUUUUCCACAUAUAUAUGGUUUAACUCCGCUCAUGUGAAAUUUGCUUUUCAGGUGAAAGUUUUAAAGACAAUGCAACAUCCAAAUAUUGUCUCUUACAUAGAUUCAUUUGAAGGUAUGUCAAAUAUCUCUUCGUAAUGUGCCUUUAUGCACACUACUUACGUUAUACAACAUACAUGAAGGUCGAUAGAAUUUUUCUGAAAUUAGUCUAGCUUGUAAAAGCAUGGUUUCUGCGGAAAACUGUUUUUUGAGAUAGAAGUUCCUGGGGGAGGGUGCGCGGAUAGCAAAAAACCUUGACGUUUCCUCCAAAAAAUUAAUACCGAAUUUUGUUUUGCAUUUGUUUGAUAUGUAAUUUAAACAUUUUUUUACAUCUAAAAAUUGCCCCUUGUGAUCAAAACUUGGAUUAUGUUCGCAGUAUUGGCUAUUUGUUUACUUUUGGAGAUCAAAGUUUGAGGUCCAAUUAUUUUUAAUGUUUGCAAAUUACCCAGCUAAUUCUUGGCUGUUGUUUGCAGCCUUGUAUGAUGAUUAGAAUUUAGUUUAGUCCACAAUAAUAGAUCCUUUCAAUGAAAGGAAAUUAAAAAUAGUAUAUUUGAUUACUUUUGCAGUACAGUCAGUACAUAGGUAGGGUGCAAUACCAGGUCAAAUUGCAAAAAAAUUUACCGAUUCCUCCAAAUUCAAAAUCACAUUGUUUUGCUCCUGUUAACUAGUCUCUCCGAUUAUGAAUAAAGAACAAUAUAUUUUACCAAAAAAGCUAUAAAAGUGUACAUCUUCGAAUUAUUAUCUAUCACUAGUGACUAGUAUCAGUUCGUCUUGUUCGAGCCUUAGAGAGCAUGCUCUCGACCCAGUCUUUUGUCUCGGCCGGAAACUGCAUUACUAAUUAAUUAUGUCAUAAAUUGACAAAACUAAACAUUAAUAAUAUUCUUCUCAACAGCUCCCAAAGCACAUAGGAAACAGAAUUUAACAAUCAAUUUUGUUGAAAAAUUGCCCCUAAUUUCGCUUUGAAAUGCGUGGUUUACUGCUCUUGUAUGAAGCAAGAGUUCGAAAACAUUCGAAGUACUGUAAAAUGUACAUAAUAGAGACCUUACGAUUUUAGGACGGCAACGCGACGGCGACGGCCAAAACAAACUCCUUCAAAUAAAUGGUAGUAAAGACAGUUCGUGGUAUAUUAUCAAUCGUAUGAAUUUAAUACAGUUUUAGAAGUGGAAGACAUGGGUUUUGUGGUUGGGAAGAGUUCUGCUAAACCCAGUUUCAAGUUGCACUUGUUGCGGCUUGGAAUGCAGCCGUUGGUAAUCGAGACUGAUCGUCGUGAUGUGAGGAGCUUAUUUCGAAGCUCCUGUUCUGAUCAGUAUAUGUAUGUAUGUUUGUUUCUUCGAAUAAAAUAUCUUUUAUAGCAACCUUGUUUGUACUUGUGUUUGUAUAUCAACGUGUUAACAUGGCAGAAAUAGCUCAAAUCGAGGAAGUAUUGAAGAAAGAAUUGGCGCCUGUUCACGCUAAGCUUGCUGCGGUAGAAGGAAACCUCAAACAAAUGACCACGUCCUUAGAAUUCUUAUCGACAAAAUACGAUCAACUGCUAGAACAUUCCAAGACCACUAACGAGAAAAUAACAGGGCUUACAAAAACAACUAGAACCAUUCAAGCAGACAUUAAAAUCAACAGAGAUAUGACUCUCGAAGCAAAAGGGGAAUCCGACGAGCUAGCACAGUAUCUGCGAAGAGACUGUCUUGAAAUUUCAGGAGUGAAACCAAACGCAGAAUACAGUAGCGAAGCCAUCGUAGAGAGUAUUGGCAAAGUAUUGAAAGUUAACAUCGAAGAAAAAGACAUUUCAACCGCCCACCCAUUACCUACGUUCAAUAAAGAUGCCUUACCGAAAAUAAUUGUGAAGUUCACUCGCAGAAAUGUACGCAACAAAUUCUACGCUGAAAGAAAAACUCUUGCUGGCAAGAACCUCAAAGAUAAUCCACAUGUCAGAAAAUUUCUAGUUGGAGAUAGUAUAUAUAUUUCAGAAUCGCUUACCCCUCGAAGAAAGAAGCUAUAUGGCGAUAUUAAUAAGUUUCGAAAAAAGUUUAAAUGGAAGUUUAUCUGGUCUCAUAACGGACGAAUUUACAUAAAGAAGAACGAAGCUACAACCGAACGCUAUGCUUUUGACACUGCUGAUGACCUUGCUAAAUUUCAACAACAUUUUCAGGCACUCGGCUAAACUGGCAUUAUGUACGAUCUUGUAAUAAAGGUAUAUUUAGCCUAUUGGUAUUACUUUUCUCCUUCCAACAUGCAUAUCUUUUGCAAAACUUUACUAAGUGUAUUUUAUUUGGGUGUGUUUGUCAAAACCUUUGAAAUUAAUAUUAGUAUUUUCUUUUGUGGUAAUGCUUUAAUGAAAUUUUAUAUAUGCAGUGCAAUUACCUGUAAAAUUUAAUAGUGCUAUUAUUAUGUUAAGUGAGUUACCCUACUAUAAUCUUACGGAUGAGCAAUUUACAAAAGAAAUAGGAGCCUGGGUGUAUAAUUCAAUUGAUAACUUGUAUGCGAGAUCUAAAGAUCUGUUUAAAGAUAUUGUUGAAAGCCCUGAGAAAGCAAAUGACUGUAAUGAAAACUUAAUCUACGAUUCUAUUGAAUCUAAAUAUCAUACUAUAAAACAAUUUGGGAAUAGGUUUUCAAAUGUUAGGCAUAAAGGCUUCUCGAUAUUACAUUGCAACAUCCGUAGUCUACCUAAAAAUCUAAGUUUACUAAAUGAUGUGCUGCUAAUGGUAAAAGAGUUGCCGAAUAUUAUUGCAAUUACUGAAACGAGGCUUGCCGAAGAUAGUCAUCAUAAUAUUAGAAUUCCCGGUUAUAUUUUUUUGGGAGUGAACUCUAAAACUUCAGCGGGAGGUGUUGGGUUUUAUAUUUCAGAGAACAUUAAUUUUACCAGACGAAAUGAUUUAGAUCUUGCUCUCACUGAGGGUGUUGAAAAUUGUUGGAUUGAAAUCCAAAGAAUUAAACAAAAAAACGUAGUCAUCGGAUGCAUUUAUAGGCACCCAUCGCAAAAUCGCGAGACUUUUCACGAAGCUAUCGAGACAAAAUUAAACUUAUUAACUGAUGAAAACUGUGAGGUUUACAUAACAGGUGAUAUAAACAUAGACUUUUUAAAAUACCAUACAGACAAUAAAACAUCCGAUUAUCUUGACAUGUUACUCAAUCUCGGUUUUUUGCCAAUAAUUACUAAAGCUACCCGAAUUACCGACCAUACUGCCACACUCAUUGACCAUAUCUAUACAAAUUGUCCUCAAAAAGUGGUUAAAUCUGGUGUCUGCCUUGUGGGUAUAUCAGAUCAUUUGCCUGUUUUUUGUACAAUUGAAAACAAAUUUCCAUUUAUACAAGAAAGGAAAUACUAUAGAGACUUUUCUAAAUUUAACAAUGAACUAUUUAUUGAUGAUCUCAAUAAAAUAAAUUUUAAUAAUUUUGUUAGCACAGACGUUAAUCAAAGUAUGAAUGGUAUUACAAAUGCUUUAAAAGAGGUCACUAAUAAACAUGCCCCAAUUAGGAAAACUUCUAAUGCCCAACAAAGGUUAUUAAAGAAGCCUUGGCUAUCAAAGGGUUUAUUAUUAUCAAUAAAAAGACGACAAAAAAUGUUCAAAUCUCACUUUCUCAGUAGAGAUUCAGAGAAAGUAAACCAAUACAAAAGAUAUAACAAUAAACUCAAUAAAUUAAAAGAACUAGCAAAGAAAAAAUACUUUAUUGCUCAAUUUAACCUUUAUAAACAAAAUAUUAAAGCCACUUGGGGCUUAAUUGGUAUGUUAAUUAAUAUGAAAAAGAAACCAACAAUCUUUACAAAUAAACUCUUCUAUAAAAAUAGAUGCUAUACUGCUAAACAAGAUAUAUGUGAUAAACUUAAUUCGCACUUCAUAAAUGUCGGUCCAGAUUUUGCUGCUCAAAUACCUGAUUGCAAUGAUAAAAAUCCGGUUCAGUUUAUUAGAAGGUCAUUUAAGGACAGUUUUAUGUUCCGUGCAAUAUGUGUUCACGAAGUGCGGCACAUGUUGUAUGGACUAAAAACCAACAAAUCAUCAAUUGAUAUCCCACAAAAAUGUAUUAAACUUGCUGCUGAUCACAUUAGUGAUGUACUUACAGCGGUGUUCAACAACUCUCUUGAACAGGGAAUUAUGCCUGACAUUUUAAAGAUAUCUAGAAUAACGCCGGUAGAUAAAGGUGGUGAUAUCACUGACCCAUCAAAUUUUAGACCUAUUUCUACGUUAUACUCUUUUGCACAAAUCUUCGAAAAGUUAGUGUACUCACAAAUUUUGGGUUACCUGGAAAAACAUAACAUUUUAAGUAAAUUUCAAUUUGGUUUUCGAAAAGGCAGAUCAACAGAACAUGCUAUAGUGGAGAUAACUGAUAAUUUUAAGAAAGCGAUUGAUAAAAAUCUUUACACGUGCGGAGUAUUCUUAGACUUUUCCAAAGCGUUUGAUACAGUUAAUCAUCAAAUAUUGUUAAAAAAAUUAGAAGCAUACGGUAUAAGAGGAACUCCCUUAGAAUGGUUUACUAACUACUUGACAAAUAGACAACAAUAUGUAUCAUUGAAUAACCUGGAAUCACCUAAACAAACAAUUACAUGUGGAAUUCCACAGGGGAGUUCCUUGGGCCCACUGCUGUUCUUAAUUUACAUAAAUGAUAUGCCAAACUGUUCGAGUAAAUUAUCUUUUAGGAUAUUCGCUGAUGAUACUAACAUUUUUGCCUCCUGCUCCUCAAUUACUGACCUUGAAACACUAAUUAAUGAAGAGCUUACUAAAAUAAAAGAGUGGUGUGAUAUAAAUAAACUAUCUAUAAAUGUUAAGAAAACUAAUUAUAUGAUAAUUAAAUCUGCGAGGAAAAAGAUAACAGGAAAUAUAAAUAUUAAAAUAAAAAAUAGAGAUGGAACAGUCGAUUAUCUUGAAAAAAAGGACCAUAUUAAAUACCUAGGCGUUUUCAUUGAUGAUAAGCUCUCAUGGAAAUAUCACAUAGCGUACAUCUGUUCACGAUUGGCUCGGAAUAUUGGCAUAUUUUACAAAUUAAGACAUUACAUGACUUUAUCACAAUUGAAACAACUUUACUACAGCUUUAUUUACCCAUACAUAUCAUAUGCCAUACUGGCAUGGGGAAGUGCAUAUCAGACACAAAUAAAGAAAGUUCAAAUUAAACAAAACAAAGUAAUAAGAGUUAUCUUCUUUGCCAUUACCCAUGGGCAAAACACAGAAAGCGCCCUACCCUAUAUGAAUUUAUUAAACAUCCUUUUCGUUAUAACACUUCAUAAAUUGCAAAUUCUUAAAUUUGCUUAUCGAUGGCAAGAAAAUCAAUUACCCGAAAUUUUUGAUGACUAUUUUCAGUAUGCUUGCGAUGUACAUCCUUACAGUACGAGAUAUGCUUCUAACAAAAAUUUCUAUAAGCCAAAAACAAGAACUAAUACUGGAAAACAGUCUGUAUAUUCAAUAGCAGUUGAUUUAUGGCAAGAACUUCCUUGUGACUUUAAAAUUCUACCGAAUUUCUCAUUUAAUGGAAAAGUUAAACAAUUCUUACUUCAAAAUCAAAAUAGUAAAUAAAAUUUGACUGCCAAUGUUUAUUUUGUUUUGUCUGUGAUUGUUUUGUUUGUUGUGUUGCUAUAAUAAAUCAGUAUAUAUCUUUAUAUAGCUGGGAGCUAACUAGAAAACUUCAGUUUAUUUAGCUUCUAGACACCUUAAACAUAGUAUAUAUAUACCAUACGUGGCACAUCAACUUAUAUAUUGUAUAUAUUUCUCUCCAUUUUGUAAAUAAUUAAUGCUAAAAAAGGUGUAAUAAAGUUAUUGUUGUUGUUGUCGUUGUAUCAAGACGUGAAAAUCUGUGAUUUGGCGUUGUAAACAGAGCGAGGACAAUGUCUAAAUUAUUCAUAUAUUGUAAUUACUCAAUGAUCUAUUGUAUUGGUACCCGUUGCCGUCCUAAAAUCGUAAGGUCUCUAUUAGAAUUCGACAACUUGACCUUGCCCUUGGCCUUGAGACCUUGCUACCAACCUCGUCCCCAGGGCCUAUUGAGGAAGGAGGCGAAGCAGCAAAGGCCCUGGUAAAGGCUGGUCACGUGAUGCUUCAAAUUUUGAAUAUUUCAGAAUAUUUAACUUUUCAAACCGGGGGUGCGGGCCGCUUUGAUUUUAUCAAACAUGGCCGUGCAAAGGGGCGAUAGAAGCUUUUGCGACUGAAACUAUGAUGAUAAACUUUUCAACUGACAGUGGAAAUAAAUAUAUAGUUUGCGAUGUUCUUCAAAAAAUGAAUACAACUGUGCAUGUAAAAUGUGAUUAGAACGUUUUAAUAUGAACAGUUGCACUGUCAUUGACUCAAUAUAUUUUAAUGUGGGACAAACAUUAAAAAACAUUAAAGUACUGUGCCAAGUGACAAAAUUCCAUGCCGACCAUGGGUUACGUAUGUAUGCAUUUUUAUUAAACGUUUAUACCAAUAUACAUUAUUUUAAACCUUUGUUGUGUGUGAAUUUUGUGUGUUGAUUUUAUGAUAUUUGACAACCAUGAAUAUUAAUAAUAUAAUAUGUUAACAGCAAGUUUACAGUAUAUCAUAUAAUACAAAAGCAAUAUCACAAGACUCAAGUACUGUACAUGGUCUAAUAGAUGUUUCUUAGUCAGCAAAUAUGCUCUUUGACAUUGUGGCAAUCAGGUAUUCUUGGGGCUUUUAGCUUGGUUUUUCACUUUUUUGAUACAACUAUAGAAUACCCACAACUUUCACACCUUACCGCUAUUAAUUCCUUGUAAACAUUGUCAAUUUACUCAAAAUUGAUCUAAUAUGAUUGCCUCAUUCUUCAAAACCCCCCAGUCAAAUUUGAACCAAACUAACAUACUCAUAUGAUUUAAUCUCUAAACUUUACCCUUAAACUAUUUUGAAGUGAUUCUUGUACUUAUUUAUGUGUCAAUGAAUGCGGAAAAAUGGCGAGGUAUUCUAUAAGCAUUCCGGCAUGUGUGUUUUUGAACCUUCACUGUUGAGAGAGCAUGCCAUGGGUCUCCCCAAAUUAUCUGAGCACUUCAACCAGACCAACAGCUGCCAAAUGGCAACUACUAUGCUCAGAGGUGUAACUUACACUUGCCCGGGGCAAGUGAAUAUCAUGACGGGCAAGUAAAAGAUUCCUCUUGGUUGCCCGAACAGGCAAGUUGCUUUGCCACAAAAAGCUGGCCAGCUUUCAGUUUAUAUUAUUAUUGUCAGAUAGAAUAAAGGCUAUUCGACGACAUUGGUUCAAGCUGGCAAAUUAUCUGCAUCAAAUUCAUCUAAAUUGUUUGAUUAUAUUAUGCAUUGAUUCUCUUUUUGGUUAUUAAAUGUUUAUUCAUGAUAUGAUAACGAAAUAUGGCAGGACUUAAUUUAUGGCAGGACUUAAUUUGGGACUUUAUUAGUCCUGUUGUCUGUGCCUUCAAUUUCUUAUUGUAAAACUAAUAAAAAAAAAUAAAUAAAAAAUAAUGGUGAUUAGUGUUACAUUAAAUUAAAUAAGUGUACAUGAUUCAAAUUUUGUUUAAUAUGUGAGCCAAAGCUAGAUCUGAGGUAGUCUAGAUCUGAGGCAGUAACAUAGCCAAUGCCACUAGUCCAAUGAGUGGAUAUGUUGUCUCCCUAAUUUAUACUGGCCCGCGUAGGUACCCCAUUGCCUGAUGGCAAGUGGAUUUUAUUCAGGGCAACCAAUUUUCAUGUCCAACUUACCCUGAGGGCAAGUGGUCAAAAAAGUUAAGUUACACCACUGAUGCUGUAUACAAAUUAUAUACCUGAAAGGUAACUUACAUCAUAUUGUGUCAUUUAAAUACUAAUACUUGUAUUCUCACAGUGUAUUAAGAUAUACAAAUGCACUUGUGAUGCCCAAAGAAUUGCCACAAAAAAACCCCAUAAACCACAAAUCAGUCAAUUUCAGUAAGUAGGGCACACUGGGGCACAUUGCAGCUCAAUGGGUUAACUAGAGACAUUGUCAGAUUUUGGUUAAUAACCAUAAUUGCAAGAGGUCAGUACAGUCUGUAACAAUAAGUAAUUCAGGAAUUCACACAAUUCUCAAUAGUUAAAUGAUUAUCGGAUUUCAUGUUAAAUGAUUAUCGGAUAAUGUUGAGCAUCAAGAAUAUAUGUAUAAUAUCCUUCAUACAUUUAUAAUAAUAUUCAGGCUAAAUAUCAUAGUUAUUAUUUUAUGUACUAUAGUUGUAUCAGGUAUAAAGAUAUGAGGUGAAGCCAAGUAUCUUUAGGUCUGAUAAAGCAUACACUGCGAAUGUUUUAAAUUGCUCAACUGAUGGUCACCAACAACAAAUAGUACUUUAUUACAAGGCAGCAAAAUGUAUUUAAAUUAAAAGAGAUGAAUAAUCUUGUCACUUGAUACAUUUGACACCAGGUGUCUUGUAUUUGUCCAUAAGAGACCCCUUGUUAUUGUAUCAUGUUUUGAGAAUGAGUUCAAUUUUGAUAUUUGUUGUUGAUCUGAGCAAAAUAUUGAUUAUUGAUUUGCCUACUGAGGCACACAGUAUUGAACAGUCAAUUGUGGUGAGUGAUGCUGAACUGCCUGUUGUAUGUUGUGAGUGAUUUUGAGCGCCUGUUGUGAUGAGUGACACUGAAUUGCCCCAAUUGUGGCUCAGGAAAAAAUGUACCUGCUGACUUGUCAAAUAAUCUCCUUAAAUAAUGUUCUGGGAAGUAAUUUGUGUAAUUGAUUACAAACAAAAACAAGGGCUUGUUAACAGUAUAAUGAGGAAAUUAAUUCCAUCUCAUUAUAUUAUUCAGCCUUGAUAAAGCAUAUGGAGGCUUUCUGUCUGAUUUGACCCUCAUGCAUGUAAUCGUUUGGGAAUGCCUGAUCAUUAAGAUCACAACAUUUGUUGUGAAGCUUGGCCUUUGAAAUCUAAACCCAAAGCACUAUAUGUGUGUUCACAAUGUUCUUGGGAUAAGAAUGAAAAUCAAAUAAAAUAUUUCAACUCAAUUAAAUUCAGGAAAUGUUAAUUAACCAUGGCGGUCAACCAGGUUAUACUCAGGGCAUAUGGCUAACAUAAGCAUUUAAAUUCCAAGUGCAUACGAUGUUGACAUUCCUUGUUUUUCAGACAUUCUUUGGGCCUUGUACUCCCUUUAACUGUUUAUAAAUAUACUGUAUGAUAUUGACAUUUGCAAGGAAGAUCUAUUGUAGCAACAAUAACUAUUAAAUGUUUUGAUGAUCAUGGAUAUGGUGUAUUGAGAGUCCAUAUUAUUAAAUUAAAGUGAUUUUACAUAUCUGUUUCACAAUCGAGGCAGCAAUUUCCUUGCGACAGUAAUUCAUAGUAUAAAUACUUCUAUCGAUCCAUUCGUUUUGCACUGUUGCUUUGUCUAUUUAAUAGAUCUCCUUUACAGUUCAACCAAGGUUCUCAGAGCUAAUUUGAAGACAAUUUCAGAUUUAUUCAAUAUUUUUGGAAGAACUUUAACAGCUUUUUUCAUUUUAAAAUAGAUUUUUGUUCUUUAUUUGUCGAUUUCGGUGUUUAUGCAAUAUUGACGAAUAUAUUGUAGCUAAAGCGAUCCGCGAUCGCACCCCCCUGUAUAGUAUUUGCUCCGAUAUAUCACGUGACAAAAUAAUCCACAAUUUGUGGAUUAUUUCACCACCCUUUACCAGGGCCUUUGCUGCCCUUCGCCUCCUUCCUGAAAAGGCCCUGGGGACGAGGUUGCCUUGCUACUGCCUCAGCACUGAAAUGUUUUUUGACAACGAUAAUUUCAUAGACGGAUUUUCAUAUUUAUUACUGGGGUGGUGCCAGAAAUUUUAGGGGGGUGAGCCAUGAGCAGGUGACUGAAGCAACACAAAGUGUCACCAAACCCCAGUAAGGUCUAUAUAGAUUCUAGGGGUGGAGCACUAGAGCCGCGAGGGGAGUCUAGAGAGCAGAAAACCCAGGAAACAUUUGAAAAAAAUCAUGAUUUCUAGCUUCGAAAGAAAGUUUUUUGAAGUUGUCAAUUUGUCAUAUCAAUGGAUUUGGCAUGUCCGAUUGUCUGUUGAGACUUGAGAGAGUUAAAGACUUAAAGUUAAAUGAACCUGUAAAAGUGUAAACCCAAUAGGCCAAUACACAAUAUGCUUUUACUUUUAUAAAGUCAUUGACAUUGUGUUGUUUGAAUCCGAGUACAAUUUAUGAUGCAACUCCGAUGUAAAUAAUAUUUGGGGCGUAAAGAUUAAAUCUAGGCAAGUCUAUUUCCUAAAAGAAUUAAAAACUAAAAAUAGUGUUCGUAAAAAUUCCAAACGUUCCUUGCGUGCAAGCUAUUCGCAUGACAAGGCACUGCAAACUCUAUUCAGGGAAGAUAAUAGAGUUUCAAAACGUUACAAUUGCUCCAAUAAACCAGUGAAUGCAAGUGAGGAGCGAUUAGUUUCAGAGUGUUGCACUGUCUUUUUCUGUUCGAGUGUAUGCCUACGUUUAUUUUGUAUCAUCAACACUCUGCACGUUGGAGUGGACUAUUUAUUUAUUUAUUUAUUAUGCCGAAUAUUGGGGAGUUGAAAAUUUUUUUGGAGGGGUGGACAUUUUGUUUGGGGGAGGGGGGGUUUAUAGCUAAUAUUGGGGUGGUAGCACCCCCCUGCACCCCCCAGAAAAUCCGUCUAUGGAUAAUUUACCAGUGUUUCUUGGAUAUUUUCCUUGUUUAACUAGUAGAACCGAACAUACACUGAUACAAGUGUAUCUGAAGACUAAGCGAGAGUUUUGUGUUGAAAUGCUCUGUUUACGGCAAGUUAUUUUGCAUUCGCAAGCGUCAACAAAAGCCGGCAUUUUCACAGUUUGAUUAUCAUAUCGAUAGAUAAAAGCUUUGAAAAUUCAUUUGUAAACAUUUUAAGCCACCCGUAUUUGUAUAGAAUAUAUGUUAGUUGUAUUAACAUUGAACUUCUUUCUGUUUGAACCCAAAUUUGCACUUGUUUUGCGUUUGACAAGGCUGUCAAGCUCGUGAUGAUUGGCUUUACCCUCUGGCAUGACUGCAGAUUUAGCGUGUCAAAUGUCUUCUUGUUUGUGUCAAGGUUAUAAUCUAUUGCUGUUACGAGAUAUUCUAUACACUGGAAAUGUAGAGUACAUUUUACUUUGUCUCAAGCAAAAAAGUAUAAAGAUAAAACAGGCAUUUAAAAAUAUAAUACAACAACCGCGAGCGUCUCGCUAUUUCUUCGGGGAAAUCUUCAAGUUUCAGUGGCAAUUUUGGUUAAUCUGGCGCAUGCGCAAUAAAUUUCCGAGCUGUUCCCUGCGACAGGAUAAGUCGGCAACAGAUCCGCGUACUUACGUCGUACAGUACGUGGCUAAAAACUAGGUUACCCACAGGGCAGUAAUGCUGCCUUCGACAGCAAAAGACAAACUACAGGGUGUUGAGCGAGUCCUUCAGAAACAUCCUAUUAUUGUUAUCCUUGCAGGUUAACCCAUUUAUUGACAGUACCCUACCACUGACUGACUAUUAAAAAUCGUCUGGCGUUGGACAGGGUAAAUACUAAAGUAGGGGUCAUUACUGUGCUGAUGGAUUAACAAGCUAGACAUUAACAGAUACCCAUUUACUGGCAUUACCCUAUACCACUGACGAGUAAAGUUUGUUAACCCAUUUACUGGCAUUACCCUAUACCACUGACGAGUAAAAUCUUCUGGCGCUGGACAAGGGAAGGGCGCAUUGCCAGCUAAUGGGUUAAACCACCGUGGUUAAACAUAAGAUUUGAUGCUCCAGGAAAUGUAAACAAGCUAUCAGUGUAACAUCCCAGUUUAUAUAUUUAUAUACUCGGAAUAUUGAUUUCUCGGUAUAUACAAAAUUAUUUUAAAGUAUAACAACCAGCGAAGAAGUAAGCCACUAACUACCCUGCGCGGCUGCGCGCAGAUUAUAUAAUGACAUAUAUAUCAUCCGUCCGGUCCGUCCGUCAUUCAUCCGUCCAUCCGUAUCCGCGUUUUAUCCUACCCGUUUUUAAAACACAAAGUUUGCAUAAUUAACAUGAUCAACAUUUUCAAAAGCGGCCAAUUAGACCAGGGGUUAAAGGUCAAUGACAAUGACAUGCAAUUGACAUUUAACAUUGCGUCUCAAUAAUUAAACUGUUGCGUGUUUAAUCAAUGUUUAUCAAAGAAAGCAAAAAUAUAUACAAGACAAUCUCACAUGUGGAAUUUGUUCACUGACGUACUGCCUUGUGAUGAAGUACAAGUAUAAAUACAAAUGACAAAGCAUUUGUAAAUCCUAAAACAUAAUUAAAUCAUACGGCACAUUCAAGAUUUUAUUAAAUAUCGUAUUUCAGCCGCGUUUAUACUGCUUGGCGCAUUCGCUGCGUUAUAUUCAUUUAUAUACACAGAAAGCAUCAAGCAUGUCAUUGUCCUUGCAGACCAUAGGCAAAAAGCAUUUGUCAACCACAUACCAAAUUUAAGCAAUCGUUAAAUCAUAGACAUGUCAUGGAAAGAAUAUGGAAAUAAUGUUGAAUGAAAGCUAGCAUCGCGUAUAAUGUUAAAAGCACCACAUAUAGUGCUCGAACCACUGCGUAUAUUAAUUGCAAAAGCAACGCGUAUAUAAAUGGUGAAAGCACCGCGUAUAAUGCUGGAACCACCGCGUAUAAUGCUGGAACCACCGCGUAUAAUGCUGGAACCACCGCGUAUAAUGCGGGAACCACCGCGUAUAAUGCGGGAACCACCGCGUAUAGUGGCGAAAGCACCGUGUAUAAUGCCGAAAGCACCAUGCACCGUAUAAUGCUAAAAGCACCCAACAAAAUGCCGUUUGAUCACUUUAAGUCAGCUAUGGCUUUCCAUAAAAGAAGACCAAAGAUGAAAGAUGAUCACAUUGUCUGUUUGCCUUAUGCCUGACCGCGCUGCACCAUGGUUAAAAUUCACUGGUACCGUCAUGCAAUGCGCCAAAUUGAAAAUUUUGAUUUUGACCCACAAAACAAAAUUAGGAUCUGCUGCCUUGCUCGCUCGCUUCAGGCUCGCUAGCUGCGGCAGCAACAAAGAAUUAAGUACAGUACCAGAUCUAGACCGUAAUAUAAUUGGUGUACCUCCGGUGCGUAAAUACUCGAAUUGUCACACCCUGGGCAUUAAUGACUGAAUUGUAUAUAAAAAAAUUUAAAGCUGGCAUUUUUAGGUGUUUCCCCCCAACUUUAAACGGGAAGAUUAACUUCUAUACACUAUCUUUUGUUUCAGAAACCGGUAACCUCUACAUUGUCAUGGAUUAUUGCGACGGAGGUUUGUAUUUCUAUGCCAAUAAAAUUCUGAAAACUUUGAAUAUUGAAAACUUGGGUCUUAAUCAAAUUGUAUAAUAUUGAUUAUUAGGCGAUCUGUAUCAGAAAAUUAAUAAUCAGCGUGGAGUAUAUUUUACAGAAAAUCAGGUAGGACACUUUGGAAACCUAAAGCUCCAGUCUUGCGUUUGACUGCCAACUCUCAUGCACUCUCGCCAACUCUCAUUAACUUUGAGCAGUGUUGUAAAAUAUACUUAAUUUUUAGAACUACAGUUAUAGUGAGUAGUUACAGUUACAUGCUCAAAUAAGUUGCAUACUGUAGGCUAGUUACCGUUACAAAGUUACUUCCCGAUUUUUGUAACUAGUUAAGAAGUUACCUUUCAAUUUUUUGUAACUUUUUCAAGUUAUAAGAGAAAACUCUCAUGCAACGACUCGCUUGCCAGCUCUCAUCAAUCAACUCUCUUCUUUGUUCGGGCAGUCCUCGGCUUGCGGUGAACGGCGCUUACAUCACAUUAAAAAGAACAGCGAAGAACUUACUGUACCAUCCCACUUUGCGGUCGUCCGAUCUUGUAAUCACGUGUUAGAGUUCAGACGAAUUACCAUUGUGUUUGCCAUUUAUGAACUAUAUAUCAAAGUACCAGAAAAUCUGAUGAGCAUUAAGUCCAAGGCUUGGCUUCUAAAACUUGGACUUUUUGCAUGCCAUAGUACCCUCUCACGCAUAAUUCAAAAAUUUACUUUUCUGAAUAAUUUGGUGAUCGAGAUACUACAGCUUUAUAAGCUGCCACAUAAUUUGCGGAAUUUUCAGUUUACUGGACAUUUUAGUCUUUCUGGAACUGUGCACUUUUUAUACACCCUGUAUACAUAUUUACAGUAUAUAUACGGUAAUAAUUUUCUAUUUAGGUUCUUGAUUGGUUUGUCCAGAUCGCUUUAGCCAUCAAGCAUGUUCAUGAUCGCAAGAUUUUACACAGAGAUAUAAAAACACAGGUUUGUUUGUAUAUAAUAAUAUAAUAAUAUAAUAAUAAUAAUAAUAAUAUAUAAUAAUAUAAUAAUAUAAUAAUAUAAUAAUAAUAUAAUAAUAAUAAUAAUAUAAUAAUAUAAUAAUAUAAUAAUAUAAUAAUAUAAUAAUAUAAUAAUAUAAUAAUAUAAUAUUAUAAUAUUAUAAUAUUAUAAUAUUAUAAUAUUAUAAUAUUAUAAUAUUAUAAUAUUAUAAUAUUAUAAUAUUAGAUAUAAUAUUAUAAUAAUUUUAGUUCAAUUACUUGUUUGACUUAUAAUAAUUUUAGUUCAAUUACUUGUUUGACUACUUUUCUAUUCUUUCUAAUUAUAACUCAAAGAUGAAAAGUUUCGUCUUCGUACAUUUAGAAUAUUUUUCUGACACGGAGUGGAACGAUCAAAUUAGGCGACUUUGGAAUAGCCCGUGUGUUACGGAAGUAAGUGUACAUGAUAUAAGUUUGAUUUCAGAACCAUAUGUGAUAUGAAAAACCAGUGCAGGCUAUACUGUGCAGAGUUAUACUGUUAUUGCAGAUUGAAUUGCACAAACAUCGAGGUUUAUCUGUUCCGGAAACCUUUUUGAUAUGUUUUGCUGCUAAAGAUAAACGUACAUGUAUAGAUGUAUGGCCCCCGAAAUACCCCCGCUAUAUUUUGUAGGGUGACAAAACAAUUAUCUCAAAAUACCCACCCCCAACUAUAUUUUAUGGUUUUACUAUACAUGUACGUUACAUGUGUACGUUAGCAUUGCAUGAAUUGUUCAUGAAUUUUUCAUGGCUUUUCAUGAAUUUUUACAAUUUGUACGAAACCUUGAUGUCCGGAGUAAAAAUCUUCAGUUUAUGAGUUAAGAUAGUAUGUGGCAAAUCUAGAAGUAUUCCAAAUAUUGGCGUCACUUGAUUGUAGAAUGCAUUUGGUUGCAUGGUUAUUUUGAUCAAUCAAAUAUAUGCAUUUACAGUACAUGAUGUGUUAGCCAAAAAAUAUGAAUCGUAUAUGAAAAGAUUCAUUGAAGAAGUGUGGUGUAUACAGUAUUUUUUGGGACACAUUGUAUAUUUAUUUACUGUGCAGUGCUUAUAGUUUUUCAAUUGAUGUUACUUUUCAGCACGAUGGAACUUGCUCGUACCUGUAUAGGAACUCCAUAUUAUUUAUCUCCUGAAAUUUGUGAAAAUAGACCUUACAAUAAUAAAAGGUAGGCACAUUAUUGAUUUAAGAAGAGAAACCUUUGUAUAUCAUACGUAACACGCGCUCAGAACUAACGAUCAUACUUUAAUUUCCACUUGGUUAUGACUAUAUUUUUAAAAUUUUUGAUAUGUUUCUCGAGCGGCAAACAAACUUAAAAAGUAUGUUUGUUGCUUUAUCUGUAAAAUAAUGCUGCAUGAAAUCGGAAGAGAUUUUAGACAGCCGCCAAAGAGAAAAUUAUGGAUGACAUUCAGUAAGUUUUACUUAUAUUGCUGUAUACAGGGUGUAUCAAAAUAAACGCAAUUCAUCUUUUGUGCUUAAUAACUUUCGAAAUACUAUCUCUAGUUAAACGCUUUUAGGCUUACUUCAAAGCCUGUUCUUUUCUCUUUCAAAUAAACUAUUAUCCUUGUCUCCAAUGCUUGUAAUAAUUGCACAGGAAAAGAUUUAGUAAAACCUAUCAUUUUUAGUUGCUGUUUAAUUAUGCUAGUUUACUAUGUUAUUGUUUAGUCGGUUUAAAUGUUAGAAUUUUCUUCUUUAAACUUUAAUGUUGUCGUCACUACAUCUGGAAAACCACGUAAGAACAAAUUAAAAGUAUUUUAAAAGAGACCAGGUUGUUUGAAAAUCCUAAACGAAUGCUAAAAAUCGUCAAAACAUUCUGGUGUCUGAGCCAGAGUGUCAUCGAAUUGCGAUGUAAUGUAAACAGAAAUUAUAGCAAGUUGAUGUCAGUCAGCUUAGAUGGUCCAAGCCAAAAUUAUAUCGCAUUUGAAGUUUCAAACUGAGUUAAAAAUAGUGGAAGAAAAGCUGUAAUUAUACUUAUUGUUAUAAUACAUCUAAUAAAAUGCAACAUUUUUUUGUUUUAAUGACAAAAAUCAGUUAUUUUCAUGAGAACGAUUUGUUAAUUCCAUCUCAAUUUUUUUAAUCUUCAAUCGCAAUAACGUAAAGUAUUAUUACCCGCGAACCAAUGGGUCAAAUUUAAGAAACAACCCACUGUUAGAAAGCUGAAUGGCUGCGCUUUAAAAUGAAUGUAAACUUUAACGUUUUCGUCUAUUAUUUGUUUAGCAAUUUACAUUUCAGUCGAGGAUUGCGCUUUUUUUGAUACACCCUGUAUAUAUAAUGGCGUCAAUUAUACAGCAUCAAUGAUGACUGUGUUUGAAUUGACAAUGUUGAACUAUUAUAUUGUGUUUGUCAACCGCCAGAUACAUACAGAUAUAUAGAUAUUGCACAGCACACUCUCUAUCAGGGUUGUUCAAUGAUUGGUUACAUUGGGACCAGAACUGGCGUGAAGCAGACCGAGGUAGACUGUGAGCUUACAAAUGGCGCUUUAAGCGGCCGCUAUUAGUCUAUACCUCGUUGGUGAUCUGCCCCCUGACCUAUGUGUUUAACCCACCCUGUCAACUUUCUCUGUGGGAGGAAACCGCAGUAACAGUAGACAGUAACAAUAUUGGUAAAUACAAUGGUGCACGAAUAUAGUAUAGUGUCCACCAGGCUGCUCCGUUUACUGUUCGAGUAAUCGAGUACUUCGGAAUUUCGGAAGACUGAUAAUGUGACCGCACUCAAUAGAAUUUGGACUAGAAGGCUUUUUGAAAGAAGUAUAGACAGCUCUUUGAUACCCAAGGGCGCCGCCCAGCUAAGGGGUACAAGAGCGGCUCUCGGGGAAGAUUUUGAAAUUUAGACCCCUUCAAAUGGCAUUUCCAGGCAUUUUGGAGAGUUGUUUGUUUGGACCAUUUCGUCGUAUUAUCCAAAAAGUUUAAGGAAGAAUUUUUACUUUUUUUUACAUGUACGUUUUUAGAGCAUGGAUUGACAUUUGUGUGGUAAGAAUCAAAGAAAUUAUUUCGAAAAACAACCGGCGAUUGUCUACGUUAUAGGCCGUGAAAUUCGCCGGGUGCCGGCUUCUAGUGGGAACCCUGAUAUUUUGGAAGGAAUUUAAGAAAAACCCAAUUAAUCUGUGUUUACCUCUAGAAACUCUCUACCCUCCCAUUUUACUAAUUAGUAUGUUUUUUUGCCAGUGACGUUUGGUCGUUAGGUUGUGUACUUUACGAAAUGCUGACUUUAAAACAUGCGGUAAGCCUGUAGAUUAAUUGUAACAGAUGUAUUUAAAAUUACAAAUCCAUCAAGCAACCUCGUACCCAGGCUAUUUUCCCAAAAAGACCCUUGGUACGAGGAUGGGCAUCAACUUGAAUGUGUUUUUUUUUCUAACCUAGUUCGAGGCUGGUAAUAUGAAGAAUCUUGUUUUGAAGAUAAUCAGGUGAAUCUUUUUUACAUUUUGUGAUUAGCCUGCACAUGCGCAGUGUAACGCAGCCAUAUAGAGCAUUAUGAUAAUUAUUCUCUUAUCCCCCCUUUUUAAACCAACCGCACCCUUUUGAAUAACAGCACCCUCCCCCCCCCCCAUUAUUGCAAAAGUCUUUUUUGUGAUGGUUUAUACCUCCCCACCCUUAAAGAGCAUAGUCGCAUCGAACACAAGUCGUGUUCGUGUUAAUUCAUGCAUUCUAAAAUAUUUUUCAGAGGUUCCUAUCCGCCUGUUCCGCCAAGAUACAGCGCAGAUGUGAGGCUUUUAGUUGCCCGACUGUUCAAACGUAACCCACAGUAAGUGCACACUAAUAUAUAUUAUAUAUAUUAUAUAUAUAUAUAUAUAUAUAUAUAUAUAUAUAUAUAUAUAUAUAUAUAUAUAUAUAUAUAUAUAUAUAUAUAUAUAUAUAUAUAUAUAUAUAUAUAUAUAUAUUAAUAAUUUCAGUUUACUAACUUGUUAUUAACCGAACGCGAGGUCUGUACAGAGAAACAUCGGACCGAGGUCUUUUUUGUCUGUACAUACCGUGCAAGCGAGGUUAGUAACUAAAGAUGUUUAUUAUAUGGCAUUUAUAGGCAUUUAUACUGGAAACAAACAAGAAAUGCAUGAUUUGAAAUACAUAUUAGUAGCGUGGUACACAUUUGGUGAAAGAAAACAAAAAUUACCAAUCUAUUCAUUCUUUUCCACUAAAAACCAUUCGCAGAUAUUUUAUUAAUAACAAAUUAAAUUAUAAUUUUCAGCUUUUCAAUUAGCUUUGCUGUUUUGUUUUAAAAUGCAUGCGUUUGUUUUUACGUAAUGGACCGCUGGUCCAUUACGGUAAAGUACUGAAGGCACGGGAAAAUUUUAAGAUUUUGAAUCCCGGAAAUGGCACUGUUUUAAUGGUGCGUUUUGUUAUAAAUCACAUGCUCACAUUUCAGAGAAAAUAUUUACAUGAUUAUUUACAUUUGUGAAUGGAAUUGCAAGGUGGUGUACUGUAAUCUAAUUAACACGCCAAUGACAAUGUAAAAAUUUAUUCCCUGCGCAUGACGCUUUUGUUUUUGUUAACAUAAAAUUGGAAUGCUGAUUGAAUUAUCCAUUAUUUUUGAGCAAAAUAGUUUAAUAUGCAUUCAAAUAUUAUUGUGCAGCAGGAAAUUUCGCUGUUUCAAACAACAAAAAAUUGACAAUGAAAUUUAAAGAAGUGGCUGUUGCAAAAAGUUGACCCCCUAUUAUCCGUCAAAAAGAAUGCAUAAAAUGCGCAUGUUGUGAAAUGUACAGUACAGAAACAUGCAUUAUUAUAUUAUGAUGACAAUUACGUUAUAUGAGUGUCAUUUGUGUUAUUUGGUACAAGAUUUUUACAGUCUUUCAAAAUUAUGGGGGCUCGCCUCCCUCCCCUAGCCCCCCUAGUGUCCGCCACUGGACCCUUCGUUAGGAAGUUACAACUUCUCGCUACUAACUUCCCGACGAACGGCCUUCGCUCGAAACGUCAAAUUUUCCUUGCGUUCUAGUUGCUUCCCUACCAACCCUACGUUUUCUGAUUCUUGGCACUACCUAGGCAGGAUUUUGGUGGAAAUAGUGGGGGAGGUGGAAAAAAUUUAGGGGAGGUGCAGCGGUUUACUGAGCACACGAUCCCCAUAUGGAAAGUUAGGGCUUAGAACGGGCCAAAGUGAACGACGUGACGUAUGCAUGUAGUGUACAUAUGUAUCAGUGUAUUGAUGAAUUAUGACUGUACAACUCAUCCAAUUUUGCCCUUCAUUGUAAUUACUACAAAGUUUCUUUGAAAACAUUGCAUUAAAAGGAUACUUGACACAGAGAUGAAUGGCUAUAACUGUUUCAAUUUUACAGAAAAACAUUCUUAGGGACGGGUCAUUUAUGAUGGGGGGUGGCACCGAAGAGAAAUGUUUUUCGUGCCAAAAAUUUUGCUGACCCAACCAUUAAAAAAUCAAAAAUUUGAUUACCCAACCUCAAAUAUCAUUUAAAAAAUAAAUACCCACCCCUGGCCAAAAACGUUACAAAAGGAUGUCAUUCAGUUGUCACACAUGUCCUUUACCACUUCUGUGAUACGAGUUUGAUAACGUUCGGCUUGUGAAAUUUACUGACUUUUCUGCAGUCUAAAGUUUCAUGUUGUCUGCACAUUUACAUUCUUUGGAGACACCAUUUGUCUGCCAACAAAUCGGAAAAUCAUCAAGAUAGUGACUCUGAUUGAUUCACAUAUUGUAUUGACAUAUGACUGUUGACAUUAAAGUUUUCAGUCUUCAAUAUUUGAGUGAGUCAUGCUUUGGAAAUGACAAUAAAUUUCUAUUACCCAACCUUUGAGUUGUUUCGUUUUUCAUUUACCCAACCUUUUACUCACUCAAAAUUUUGUUUACCCAACCCUUUUCUCUUCGGUGCCACCCCCCGCCAUAAAUAAUGACCUGUCCCUUACGAAUUAAGUGUGGACACUAAGCAACCAAAAAUUGUCAAAUUUUCACUUUGAUCUGUCAUUGAAACUUUCCCAAGGGGAGGUGUAUGAUUUUUCAGGGCAGGUGCUCUGAGGGGAGGUGCACAACUCCCCACACCUCCCCUCAAAAUCCGGCCAUGCAUGGGCACUACCUCCACAGACCAUGUUUAUUGUUGUAUCUGACUUUUUUCUUUGUUUAUAUUAAGUGACAGACCUUCAAUCAAUACAGUUCUGAGACAACCACUUAUUAAGAACAGAAUUAACAAAUUCCUUCCUGAGGAGGUAAGAUUUUGCCAGCUUACUUUAAAUCUUAUAGAAACAUUGAUAUUAAUAUAGAUGGAUGAUUUAAGCUACAGACGAAAUUUUGAUCUUGACAAGAAGAACGAAAUCCAUUACCAUAGCUGGAAAGAGCAUCGUAAAAUGAGUAAAAUUUGGAUGCGAAUUGACCAUUUGCGUAAUAGACUAAAUUUUGAUCUAGACAAAUAUUUCAUCACAGCUUGAAAGAGCAUCACAAAAUUAGUAAUAUUCCAAAGUUUCGUUGCGAAAUGUUGUAAAAUGCGAAUAAUAUAGCCUUGCGAAGUUUGCAAUUUUCAGUCAUUUUAGAUUACAAACGGGAAAUUGACAGCCCGAUACGCUUUGAGGCUGUCAAUUUCGCGUUUGUAAUCUAAAAUGACUGAAAAUUGCAAAAUUCGCAAGGCUAUAUUAUCCGCAUUUUACAACAUUUCGCAACGAAAUUUUGGAAUAUUACUAAUUUGGUGAUGCUCUUUCAAGCUGUGAUGAAAUAUUUGUCUAGAUUUGUUGAGAUCUAAAUUUUGUCUAUUACGCAAAUGGUCAAUUGUUGUAAAAUGAGGAAAGUAUAGCCCUGUGAUUAUUUUUACCACGCGUAAUACAAAUAUAUAUAUAUAUAUAUAUACAAAAUUUGUGAACUUCACAAGGCUAUAUUUUCUUCAUUUUACAACAUUUAGCAACCAAUCUUAAUUUGCAGUUUUAAUCAUUCUAAGACGCUGUUUCUCGCUGCGGUCUUGGAUCUCGUUCUUCUUGCCUUGAUCAAAAUUUAGUCGAUAACUGGAAUCACCCAUUAUUGACAACACAUAAUGAUACGUCAAUUUUGUGUUCCGCCAUUUUGGGCAGCAGUAUUUAAAACUAUAUUCAGCAUGACGUAAUAUUCUCGCGUGACUGCAAGGCGUAAACAGAGAUAGUACUGUAUGCACUUUACAUUUACUUUCGACAUGUGCUGUACAUGGUUGUAUUGCGUACACGAGUAUAAUAAAAUGAAAACGAAAUUGUUCGCUUGCUUUCAGGUGGUAGCUGAUGAAUUUAGUCAUACUGUAUUACAUCGUCAACCGUUCGUUGUUCCUGGACAAAAAGCUGCCCCAGGACGACCUGUUAAACCAGCAGCUGGUGAGUACAGCGUAUAUGAUGUCGCUAUUGCAGGCAGGCCUGGAUAAAGUAUUUCUCUUCUUGGCAGCAAAAAUAGAAAUUUCCUGCUAAACUAAUUAAAAAAUUUCCUGCGAGAAUUUUUUGGUUUAUAACUAAGGGAACAAGCACUCAUGUGAAAAAUAAAGUUAUAUGCUUUUAAAAAGUAGCUACUACACUCUACAGGAACGUCAAUGUCACUAUGACUCUAACAUUGAAACAAUGGUUUUUAUUUUGUCUGUUCUGGGAAAUUAUUUAGUUGAAAAUUUGUCUUUCUGAGUUUCUGUUAUCACUGAUCAUGCAGUGAUGCAGUCGUCACUCAUUAACAUUAUGUAACUAUGUUCUUAUCCAUGUAUUGCAGCAUUCUGUUUACAACCUUAGAAUUGUUAGGUACACCCACUGUGUCAAAUAGGCUGAUGUCAUUCGAUCUUCUGACAAAGCGAAUGCCAUGCUGCCCUUUGAAGUGUUGUUUCAUAGCCGCCAUCACAACUUUAUCACAUUGGGCUAGUGAAGGACCAUGUACGCGGUAUCCUCAUUCACAUUUCUAAAUUUAUUGAAGUGAAUCUCAAUCUUUGAUGUCAAUGAUUCAAUCACUGAUUCCACAGAAAUUUUCACACAAAUGGAGUGGAUAAACAUCUCAAUUCCUUUGUACAACGUUUUGUCGCUGUAAAUGCCUAAAUGGUAGUGUUUACUUUACAGAAUACAGUGUAAUCUGAUUUACGUUCUCAUACACUUGUAUUCUAAAUCUACUCGAUAGCAAUUUGGAAAUACAACUUUAAUUAUAUUCUUCAAAGUGUCGAACCUAAAAUAAAUUAUGAACAAAAAAAUUUCCUGCGAGAUUCAAAAAUAUUUCCUGCAAGUAAUUUUUGUGAAAAAUUUCCUGGCAGCGGCGCCGCCGGACAUUUUCCAGCCCUGACUGCAGGCAUGAUCUUUACUUUUCGGUAUAUAGGGAGAUCCGUAGUACGUACUGUAGCUGUUCCGAAAUCAAUAAUCGUGCAGGGAAUGUUGACAGGGUGGGUUGGGAUUAGCCCCUACCUAACCCUUCGACCGUAGCUGUGCCCCAUGAUCAGAUAUGAGUCAUAAGGUGGUUGCCAAAGGCGCCGUUAAAAGCGUCCAGGAUCGUUUAUUUACAGAAGAAAAAGCUCAUGCAGUACAGUAUAAGUUGACCUAUCCAACCCGUGUCAGAAUUUCUUAACAUCGUAUCAUUCCCAGCUUGGUCUGAACCUAUUUCCCAGCCUGAUUACAGACUGAAACCUUCUUGAGAACAAUCUCUUGAUUAUAGGCGCGUCUAUAUGCAUGCUCUCGCUUACCGAGGUUUCGCCCUGAGUUCUUCAACUCGCUAUAUUUCUUGACUCACCUAAAAAGAGUCAGAAUUGGUGAGAAAGAUCUCCUAACAUUCCGCAUCACCUGCAUUCGGCCAUCACUUGCAUAACGCCACGUUUUACGUAACCCGGUUCGGACAAUUUAUCGUCUGAAACAUUUUGUUUAUCAACUAAGUAACGACAAUUUCCGAAUUUUCGUUUGAGAUACAUUUCUUUAAAAAAAAAACUGUGUCGCCAUAUAUAAAAAAUUUUCAUGUUCACAAUAAUUAAACUUUAGGAUUUAUUCUACAAUUUGAGUGGGUUAAGAAGCUUAACUUUUCGAGAGUUUUCUUAACUUUUUAGUUUGAAUUUUUGUUUUGAAUAAUUUUGCAAACAUUUUCGAAGUCGUGUCCGUUAAAAUCAACAAUUUUUUACAUGAAUUGUAUUUCAUUCCAUACUUUAAAUGCCAGGACGCUUUCAAUUAAUGUCUAGUCUACCCAUUUGCUAUAUUUUCUCGUUUGUUUUACUAAUUUUUGACCAAUUAAUAAGCAUGUUUUUGUUUUAGAAAUUGAUAUUCAAAUUCCCCGCCAUAUUUUCAUAAUUUGGUUCAUGCGCAGACGUUUUUCCGCGGUGUUCGACAAUGCACGCCUUGUAUAUAAUCACUAGAUACACAUUUUUAGUAGGAUCCUUGUUAAAACAUUCAAUAACGAUUGAACAAUUGCGAUUAAACGGGGUCAAUAUGGCGCCCAUAUGGGGGAAAGGUGGGACACUGCACUUUUCAUAGCUAUCUUCGAAACGAGUUCGGUGACCGCAACUUUUGUUUCUGUGUUUACUAUAUAUGCGCAUAUCAUAAACUUCAGUACUUCACCCCUGGUAAGUUUCGGCAAAUUCUCAUUUCCGGAACAAUUACUGAUGAACCACCUUAAGAGGACAAUAAGUUGUAAACAACAUUGUGUUUUUUUCAGCACCCAAAAGGAUAAGUAAACCAGCAGCGAAAUACGGAGUUUCUGUGGCCAACAAGGUUGCCAGGUAAGACACAUAAUUAAAUCCUCGCAGUUUUAGUUCUUGAUGUGAAACGUGCAGUAAUCUUACUUGUUUCUCGAUCAUUUCUCUGUUGUAGAAAGCCAGCAAAUGAUGCCUACAAUGUGAGAAAACCAAUAAAAGCUGGUGAACGGGAAGCUGUACCUGUAAGUAUUUUGUGAUGAAAACAUUUUUAUAUAUUUUAUAUCAAUACAAGCAAUCUCUAGUUCAGCAAAUGGGUUUCUUUGCUUACCAGGUUCUUGUGAACCAUCCAUAGAUUCCCCAUUGGGUUGAGUUUAGAACUUUUCGCUGGCGUCUCAAGGCUUGUUCCUUGACGUGUUACAGUCGCAUUUUCCUAAUCGAAUGGCACAUUAUCAUCAUAUACAUCGUACCAUGCAAGCAUUUGUAUUUUCUGUCGUCACCCAAUGGAAAGGAAUGUUUUUGAAAACCGAGAAUCCUAAACUCAACCCAAUGAAGAACUUGUGCAGGAUGGCUCACAAGAUCAGAAUUAAGGCAGUAAGCAAAGGAAAUCUUCGACUACAAGGAUAUUUGUUGAAGUAGAGAUUAUUGUUCGAAUAGGAAAAUUCCCAGAAAAAUUUUUAAGAUCUUGGUUUAAUCCAUGCCCAAACGAGCAAUGAGUUAUUUCCAUGCCUUCAAAAUCGAUUUUAUAUAAUUUCUGUAUUGAAGGUAUCGGCUAUUAAGUUCUGGUUUGAAGGCAUCGAAGUUACGUCAACGUCCUGUUUUGCUACCUAAAGUAUAUAAAGAUCUCAGCACGCUUGUAAAUAGUUAUAGGUUUGACAAUGGCUUUGAAAUAAAGUCGAAAUAUUACCGUGAAUUUUGUUGUCUUGUUUAAAUAGCUCGAAUCUUCAUGCAGUUUACAAAAUUUUAACAUUCGGAGGGUGUUUCAUCUUAUAUUUUGCGAAAUUGCCUGCUUGCAUGGUAAAGGAUUAUGGUUCUGAAAUACUGUAUAUUGGGCAAUGCUGCUUUUUCUUAGGAAAAGGCCAAAGAAGUCGAUGCGAGAGAAAAGAGAAGGCAGCAGUUACAAAAGGAACAGGUCAGCUAUAGAGAAUACAACACGUGCCUGUAAUGCUUACAUGACCGGGUAAUAUGCACUUUAGUUGCAUUACGUCACAAAUAUGGCAUGGAGAACAGUGGUAUUUCUAAAACAAUAAAAAGAAAAACUAAAUUCUUGCUGAAUUAUAUUAUUUACCAUGGUUUGGAUGCCAUAUCUAGAAUUAUCAGAGAACGUGUACAAAUUUAUGGAUAGAAACCCUUUUCUAUUACGUUAGGAAGAUGCUUAUAACAAGAUGAUGGAUAAUAUCCAGAAGCAAAGAUGGCAGAAACAACAGGUUGGACAAGCGUGCAUCUCUUUUUACUUUUGUAGUCCUGCGUACAGUAUUAUACUUAUAAAUCGGCACAUUUUGCCGAGACCUCGUGAACCAAGGCAGCUCUUUUAACAAAGAGGUUCUUCAUCGUAGAUUCCGAUUUUUUUUGGCCUGGGUAUUUUAUUGCUGACGUGUUACGCAGUUCUUGCAGUGGUUAGUUUAGACACAAGACUACAGUCGGUCACAAUUUUCCGUAAUAGCACAAUUCAAUCUUUAUCAGUCUCUCUAUUACUCAGUAUUAGGAAUACAGUUUGAUUUGCGAGUUAUUUAUGUCUCUUAUUCUUUGUUUGUGUUACGUGUGCAAUUUGGAAACAGGAGCUGACUAAUAUAUAUGUGCCCCUUUCGGUAGAUGGAUAAAAUUAAUAAAGCAAGGGAACAAAAUUGGCGAAAUUCUGGAAAUAUCUUAAGUCCAGAGGUGUGUAUAAUUCAAUAAUUUCUUCGUUGUGAACCUUUUCAGAUAAACUAUACAAUCACUAGGGCCUACCAUAUUUUAUACUUACUGCAUUGCGAUCAUAUUUAUCACAGAAAGAAGUGAAGAAGUCAAAUGACGGCGAUGACCAUGGAGUUGUAGUAAGUUUUAUUCUUGUAGUAAGUUUUAUUCUAGUAGUAUGUUCAGUUUUUAUUUUUGGGAGCAAGUUGUACUGUAUGUUCAGUUUUAUGUACUAUUUACAAUAUGAGCGGCCGUGUUGUAUAUCGGAAAUACAAACUGGAACCGAAGGCGAGAGCUGGUAUAUAUCCGAUACAACACGCGAAUGUUGUAAAUGGUUUGUUAAACGUCUUGAUGACAACAUUCGUAUUCUUUAACAAUUUAAAAUAAAUGAAUGAUAUUUGGUGAGAAAAUUGAACUUAAAGUUUAUAUAAAUCUACAUGACUUUGUAUCAGAUAUACAUGUAAACUCCUUCACGGUCAUGAUUUCUUCGUAUGUGUACCAUUUCGUUUCCUUGCUCUACAUUAAUAAACUAUUUUGAUUGGGUUUUUUUUGUGUUUUGAAUGCGAAGACCAAUAUUCUGACAGUAUGACGUACGGUGUACGCAAAUGCUUUUAACGUCUCCAACUCUAACCGAAAAAAGACACUUGGAAUGUAAAAAUGAAAUGGUACUAUACAUGUAUAUGUAAUGUACUUGUGUUUUCAGAACAAGCAAGCUGUAGCGAUGAAAAAAUACCAAAAUGCAGGGAAGGAAAACCGGCCACAUUCAGCAUACGAUGCAGGACAUCGUCCGCCACCUGUACCAGCGUGGCAAGCAGCGAAACAACAAGGUGAAGUAAAUCGGUAAGUAUUCACUACAAGCCAGGUAUACAAUAAGACCGUGGCCAGCUAUAACCGUGGCUAUAAUUUGACCGGUAUAUACUUUUUAGCCACGGUAAUAAAGAAACUGAACACAGCAUGAUAUACUGUACGGCAUUUUUAUGUGCCUGUAUGCCAUAAGCUGCUAUAAAUCAUACUUGUGCAUGGAUACAGCUGAGGUACCGCCCAUGAAAGCAUACUGCAUUUUUAUACAGCCAAGUGCUGCAAUACCGUGGCUACAAGGUACAUGUAUGCCGAAAUCGUACUUUAUAGCGACAAACCGUGGCUAUAUGGCUCUUAUGGUGCUGCACAUUCUGAUAAACUUCAAUCUCGACGCAAGACAAUCUCGACUUGCAAAACGCUUUUGUAAACAAUUAUACCACUGUAAAUCAUAUGGAAUUCCAGGGGCCGGUUGUAUAAAAACGUAGUUAGCGCUAACUGCAGUUAAAAAGUAGUUAAAAAGUAGUUAACUUUAAUCACGUAGUUAAGCCGGUUGUAUAAAAGUGUAGUUAGCCUUAACUGCAGUUAAAAAGUAGUUAAAGUUAACUAUACUUUAGGGUAUAGUUAACUGUCCAAAAUGUAGUUAAAAAUGGCGUUUGUAUAGGAGUGAACAACAUUUUUCAGUUAAACAAUAAUGAAAAGCAACGUUUACCUGAGAUUUUCAAUCGCUAUCUUCCCUGUGAAUGUUUCCUGACAAUAUAAACUCUUCAAACGCUAUCGCUUUGGUGUUUUUACGAAAACAGAACAUAUUUUUGCACAGGACGAUUUCUCGAAGACGAAGUAUGGUCCAUUACACCAAGAAACACUGAUAUAUAAUUGCCAAACAGCUAUACUUUAGUUUAACGUAGACAUCUCAAGGAAAACUGCAUUCUUUUAUGAUUUUUGUGGCGGUCGGAUCCUUGUUUUUUGUUUAUUUUUCACUGUUUUCUAGUGUUUUGAAUAAAAUUCCCGCCUAUUUGCAAAAUACGAGUCCACAAUCAUGUUGAAAAUGUGUGUCAGCGGUCGUUACUCGCUGCUUACUUUAUGUAAUUUUGUGUUUAAACGCCCCACGCACAGUUAACUACGUGAUUAGUUAACUAUCCGACUAACUACGUUUUGUGCAACGCAGUUAAGUCAUGUAGUUAACUAAUUACAGUUAAGGAUUUAACUACAGUGAUUAACGCUAACUACAGUUAGCGCUAACUACGUUUUUAUACAACCGGCCCCAGUAUACGAGAUGUCAAAAAUUUCCUGCAAGUUGUAAGAAAAUUUCCUGUAAAGAUAUUUUGUUAAAAAUGCCUGGCAGGGAUGCUGCUGGUGCUGCCGGACAUUUUCCAGCACUGAUUAAAGGUUUACAUGUUCACGUGCUGCUAGCUUUUUCUAACUUAAAAUUAUGCAGUUAAUAUGCAAUUCUUAUGAGGUUGAAAUGUGCAUUCAUAUGAUAGACCUGGGAAAUUUUCGCUGCAAAAUACCAUGGUCAUAUACUACAAAACCACGUCCCUGAUUGGACAAGUUUGCAACCUCGCUCACAGGCCCUUUUCCCUUUCUAACGAGGGUGGAACAGUAAGGUAUAGUGUGGUAAUAAAACUGAUAUAUGCAUAUUUUAUCAAGAGUGCGAGCUGCAGAGGCUGGUGAUAGAGCGAAAGUACUGGAGGAAUUCUGGCACCGAAAGCGUGCAGCACUUGCAAAUAAGAAUAGAGGUGGAAAACCCAUUGGAGGACCUUCAGUCGUAAGCACAUUUGUCAUUUUAUAAAUAUGACUUGUAUCUCAUGUAAAGAGUCAGGCUACAGUCAAAUUACCUUGAGCUCGCAAUUUCCUAAUUUAGGUCAACCAAAAAAUAGUUAUAUUAAAAAUGUUCAAUUAUUUUUUCUCAUUCUACUUCGCCAUUGGUCUACGUCGCUACGAAGUCACGUGAGAUAGCGAGCGGGAGUUCGAGCUUCAGUUGCGUAAAGGAUUUCGAGCAGACAGUACUUUUUCUCUUUUUUUUUUGAAAGCGGACGACGAUUUGUACGCUGGGGAAUCCAAAGAAAUUCUUGACGAGCCUUGUGAGAACGAUUUUGCGAAUGCUCUUCUGAAUAUAAACAGCACAAUUCUGACCAUGGGCGAAUCGCUCAAACGACUACACCAGCAACAGGACAAGUUGCUAAACUCGGCAGAAUCUGCCAAAAAAGCCAAAUUGGCCAAUGUUCGACAGUCUGAAUCAGACACAAAUGACGCCUCUGACUCAGAGGAGUUACUAGACACUACAGAAAGCGACAAAGCAGCCACCGAAGCUGUUCAAAGCGAGGAAAACGACGCCUUACUCGCUCAACGAAGAAGAAAAAACUGAAAAUCCCGUCUCAGCGAAACUAGCGAACAUUGCCAACAAACGUUGGCUCCAAAAGCUUGGUGAUGAACAACUUAAAAAGAAAUUUGAAAAAUAUUACCGCCCUGCAAACUGCGAGAAACUCGCCGUGAACCAAGUCAACCCGGAAAUCUGGGGGAAGCUUGAUAGUUUUGCAAGGGCAAAAGAUCUAAAAUUUUCCCGCCUUCAGGAACAAGGUACGAAGGUCGGGCAUAUUAUCUUAAAGAGCACAGAACACUUGCUACAAGCAAAAGCUGAUAGCACAAAACUUUGCCUGGAUGACCUUGUCAGAAUGAAUACCGAUGCAUUAGCAUUGCUCGGUCAUGUUUGUUUUGAAAUCACUCAUCGACGACGUGAAAGCAUCAAGCCAAGUUUACAUAAAGACUACGCCAUGUUGUGUUCGUCUAACGUGGCCGUAACAAAUCUCCUGUUUGGCGAUGAUCUGCAAACAGAGCUCACGCACAUUCGGGCUACAAAUAAAAUUGGAUCCACUGCAAGUAUCUCGAGACCUCAAGGGCAAAGUCGAGGUUUUCAAAACCCUAUGCCUCGCCAAGGGCGACCUUUUUUAGGGCGAGCGCCUCAGCCGUACGGUCGAACGACGACAUACAAAUACCGCGGCAAUCAGAGGCGCCAAUUCAACCAAUACAACCACGACAAGAAACGACAGGAUCCUCAAUCGAGGAAAUAAACACCAUCAUUGAACAUUUACCUUCAAUUGAGGUGAGCAAAUACACAAUAUUUCUCCCGCGUCUUGUUGAAUAUUUUAAAUGUCAAGUUAGCUCAUUUAAAGCUGGGCGAAUCGCCCACUAUUUAGACACGUGAAAGAAAAUCACUUCUGACGCAGAAAUUCUAACGUCUGUAUCAGGCGAAAUGUUCCCAUUUAUACGUACUCCAGUUCAGAAUACUAUCCCUUUCCAACCAGAAUGGAAGGGAACAAAAAAUUCAAUUAUUGACAACGAAAUAUUAUCGUUGUUAAGCAAGGGGGUCAUCACCCACUCUAAACCAUGAACCUGGCGAGUUUAUCUCUCAUAUUUUUCUUCGUGAAAAACGCGAUGGGUCAUUUUGCAUGAUACUAAAUUAAAAAAAACUCAAUAUGUUGAGUACAAUCAUUUCAAAAUGGAAACUGUCUGGACAGCUAUUUCUCUGAUGAAGCCAGGGUGCUACAUGGCAUCAAUUGACCUCAAAGAUGCCUACUACUGUGUUCCUGUUGAUCAAGCACACCAGAAAUAUCUAAAAUUUAUGUGGAAAGGCACCCUUUACCAAUAUACUUGUUACCCAAAUGGGUUAGCCUGCUGUCCCAGAAAAUUUACCAAACUAAUGAAGCCAGUAUAUUGCACCCUCAGGCAGGCAGGCCAUUUGUCAGUGGGGUACAUUGAUGAUUCGUACCUCCAAGGGAAUGAUUAUGAUCAAUGUCUUGAAAACAUCAAAGCUACAAUAACAUUGUUUAGCAAAUUGGGGCUAGUCACUCACCCAGACAAAUCAAUACUACAACCCACAAAACAAAUUGUAUUUUUGGGUUUUCAGCUCAAUUCCCUUACUAUGACAGUUUCUCUUACACCUGAAAAAGCUUGUAAAGUGAAAGAUGCUUGUGCAAAUUUGUUGAUAAAUGCUUCACCCACUAUACGAGAGGUAUCCCAAGUGUUAGGGUUAUUAACCUCAAGUAUGCCUGGGGUAAUGCAUGGGCCUUUGCACUAUAGGUGGCUGGAUAUGGAUAAAUCACAGGCACUACACUUCAACAAGGGGGACUUUGAUAAAAUCAUGGUGUUAUCCCCUCAAGCAAAGGCAGACCUAAAAUGGUGGGCUGACUCCAUAGAAAUUGCCUACAAUGUUGUGAGUCAUGGGGAGCCUGUCCUUACCCUGGCUACAGAUGCAUCCAAAAUAGGGUGGGGGUGCACAACACAAGAUACUCCCACUGGAGGCCAUUGGACUCCAGAAGAGGCUUCAAAUCACAUUAAUUAUUUAGAAAUCAAAGCGGUCUUGCUUGGUUUACAGUCAUUCGAUCGACAAAGUGGUUGGCGGCAAGCAUGUCAAAGUUCUUGUCGACAAUACCACUGCUGUGUCAUGUAUAAAUCAAAUGGGUACAUGCCAUUCUAAGGAUUUAAAUUGCUUAGUUAUCAGUAUCUGGGAGUGGUGCAUAAUUCAUAGUGUCUGGCUAACUGUUGCCCACAUUCCUGGUACUGAGAAUGUGAUUGCUGACCAAGAAUCUAGAAAAAUCAGAUCCGAAACAGAAUGGGCUUUAGAUUUACGUACCUUCCAAAGGGCAGUAAAAGAGUGUGGAUUCACACCAAAUAUAGACUUGUUUGCUUCCCGCUUAAAUAUCAAGUGCACAAAAUAUGUCUCAUACCGUCCCGACCCUGGGGCACAGGCAGUCAAUGCCUUCACAAUUCCUUGGGGUAACCUUCAGUUCUAUGCCUUUCCCCCGUUUAGUAUUAUUCUGAAAGUCUUGCGCAAGGUGAAUUGUGAGAUAGCCACAGGACUCAUAGUUGUGCCCCACUGGCCGACACAGUCUUGGUGGCCUUACUUAACAGAUAUGCUCAUUGCAAAACCCAUUAUUUUACCUAGAAAACCAGACCUUUUGUACCUACCGUCAGAGCCUCAAAGGAUUCAUCCACUCAGCAAGACAAUCAGACUUCUACUAUGCAAAGUGUCAGGCGAUUACAUGUAUCAUACUACAGUCCUGGAGAGAUGGUACUAGGAAACAGUAUACAACAUACCUGCGACAGUGGGAACAGUACUGUCGUCAGUAGGAGAUUGAUACCUUUUCAGCAACUGACACAGGGUAUCAAUUUUCUCAGUGAACUUUACGGGAACAAUAACCUAUCCUACAGUGCAAUGAACACAGCUAGAUCUGCAUUAUCCUUGGUUAUAUUUCUUCCUGAGGGCUGUACAUUUGGAAACCAACCCCUAGUGUGCCGACUGCUUAAAGGCGUUUUUACAACAAGACCAUCAUUGCCACGAUGUCAUUGUGUGUGGGAUGUAGCGAUUGUGCUAAAGUACUUAAAGACACUACAUCCAUUAGAGGACUUGCACCUCCGGGACCUUACUUUGAGAAUAACCAUGCUAAUAGCAUUGCUCUCUGGCCAACGUUGUCAAACCAUUCACUCGCUGGAUAUCAGUGAUAUGCAAGUGGUACGCCAUCCAAACCAGCAGUAUGUUUUCCAGAUAAACAAGCUAUUGAAAACCUCAAGACCUGGGAAACACUUCAGCCAUUUGGCUCUGCAAGCAUAUCCGGCAGAUGAACAGCUAUGCAUUUUCAAAACUAUUGAAGUCUACUUGGCAAAAACGAAGCCCCUUAGAGGCAACCACACUCAACUGUUGAUAAGCUACCAGCAGCCACAUAAGCCAGUGACAACUGAUACCAUUGCAAGGUGGCUGGAAACAGUUCUGGACAAAGCAGGAAUUGACACUAAUAUUUUCCAUGCACAUAGUACCAGAGCAGCAUCAACAUCUGCUGCAAAGACGGCAAAAUUAUCUGUUAACACCAUCAUGACGGCAGCUGGGUGGACAAAUGCUUUGACAUUUAGCAAAUUCUAUGACAAACCAGUUAUUUCAGAAUCUACUAAGAACUCUGAAAACUUCGGACAUAACUUACUGCAAUCAUUAAAUAUUACAUAGAGCAAUUUCAGUUGUGAGUUGUUAAUAAAAGUUCCUUGUUUGGGUUUAUCAAUAGAGAAUUUGUAUUGUUUUUUCUUUCAUGCUAAUGGCCAUUGCUUUCAAAUCUCACGUGACUUCGUAGCGACGUAGACCAAUGGCGAAGUAGAAUUAGAAAAUUAAACGAGACUUACCUGGAAGUUGAAGUUUGAUUGAAAUUCUACGAGUCAUUGGUCAGGAGCGAAGAAGUCACGCACCCACCCUUUCACAUUGUGGACUAGCAUAAACUGCUAUUAAUAAUUACCCUACCCAUUAUACAGCAGUUUUGAAUGACCAUUAGCAUGCCUUUAAAGACUGAAGCUCGAAGUCCCGCUCGCUAUCUCACGUGACUUCUUCGCUCCUGACCAAUGACUCGUAGAAUUCCAAUCAAGCUUCAACUUCCAGGUAAGUCUCGUUUAAUUUUCUAAUUUUCAGUCAAACGCGGAUUUUUUGUCACUUCUGGCUAACACCCUGCUAGUAUAUAGGUACAUACAUGCAGGGGCGAAUGGCUGAAGAUGGGAGCUAUGCAGCAGCGCUAUAUCUCCAUUGUAUAAAGGGCUAGCUUAAAAAUUAGCUGAAUUUAUAUAGUUGAAUUAGAAAUUCAGGAAUUACAGAGCAACUCCAAAAAUCAUGUGGAGGCAGUGGAGCUGGAGUGCAUGCCCAAGUUUGUAAACUUCAAUAGUUACUGACUAAUAACUCGUGAAACUAACUAUCCAAGAGUUACACCGCACAAUAGAGCAAGAAAAAUGAUGUGGAGCCAUGCAGUUAGCUAAUGGCUAGGCGGAAUAGACUAUGAGCUCCAUUCGAAGACUGGCUAUAUACCUCCACAAAUAUAAAAUCAAGCCAACCUUAUUCUUUAUGUAUUAUUGUGCAAUAGCAUGAGUAAAGGCUUCGGAUUGCGUUAUCACGGUGUUGUUAAACCAGGCGCACAAGAUGCGAUUUUAGUCGGCUACGUACAUGAUAUUUAGCGGAGCCAAUAAAAAGGACGGAGGAUUAAUGAGCUCACGAUUCUCACCACUGACUCUAAACCAUAAAUCGGCCGCCAGGCUUUAGGUUGCUAUGAUUUCCAUUGUUCAUUAUCUUUUAUUGUUAUUAUCAACCACUCACAAAGCCCAUUCAUAUAGGUGGGUGGCGACCCAACACUGAUCGAUUUUGUUUGAACAAGCUACAUAAUCACAAAAUAUGUACAUUGAGGUUGGCAUUUGCACGACGAAUUUUCACACGUUUUGCGUUUACCCCAUAAAUGAACUAGUUAUACUGUAAUUCCCCAACAUUGAUUGUUACUUAUCGUGAGUGAGUUUAUUUCUGUUCAAUUUCCUUUAGAAGGCAAAUAAUCUGGCUCCUGUACCAGCUCCUGCACCUGGCAUUUCAGGUAUUAAGAUAAGAUAAGACUACGACAACGGUGCCGAAGAGUCGCAAUUAGCUUCGCACUACGCUGGAGCGAAAUUGUUUGAAAACGUCACUUUUGUCGUAACAAUUUGAGCACAGUAUUUAAACGGAGCGAGACGAACGGAAGGCUUGGCGGCUGGUGUGAAGACAAAAACGCCGUUACUUUUUUGUACCGGGUUUGCAAACCAAGAAUCUCGGGUCUCAAAACAGUAAAUUCGAAUGCUUUUCGUUUAAUUUUCUUUGCUUUAUUUGAACUGUUUUGGGUUUACGCGAGUGCUAAUUUAAUUUGUAAACAAACUGUCACGACAUAGUGUGGUGCUUAUAUUUCGCUCCGGUGUAACUUUAUUUAAGGUUACAGGACACCCUUUUUGGCGUUUUGCGGAAAAUCGCUACUGCAUGCGCGCUCAAUAUCAACCGAUUUUCAUCAAAUUUUCACCAAAUGUUCUCCAGUGCAUGCAAAAUAUGGUAAAGUUGUAAAAUUAACAAACAAUAAGAUAAUGUAAGAAUUAUUCAGGAAAAUCUUAAAUCGCGGUACCUUUACGCUUUUGAGUUGUGCUCCUGCUGGUUUUAAGUUAUAUUUAUGAAAAUAUCAUUUUUAUACAGUAAAAUAGUUGUUCUAAAAACUUGUGUUCGGAAAUUUUUGUUUAUUUCGUCGUUCCGCUGAUAUGGCGAUUUCUUUGACGACUGCAAUAUAUUUCUGAAUUGUUUGAGUGAAUUGCUCUUUAUUCUUAAAAUAUCUAAAAUUUAAAAAAAAGCCGAACACAAUUUUGAAACUGACGUAUUUAGCUAUGUCCUCUGAAAAUUUGAGAAAAAUUGGUUAAAACCAUUGAACUAAAAAUAACUGGAACGCUACGUUCAGUAAAUUGUGCAUGCAAGUUUUGAAGCCAAAAUUUGACUCCCAUGAAGCCAGUUUUGACUCCCAGACACGCACUUCCACGCGUGUUUCUACUGCGCGAUUUACCCACAAGACAAUGCAGGGGGCGAUCGAAGUGUGCCGUUUUGAACGUUUUCAUGGCAAGAUGCGAAUCGAAAGGGAAAGGGGCCUUUUCUUUCAAAACGGGCCUUUUAAAGCCUGUGUACGACCUUGUAUAAUUUAGCUUCAAACUUCCGCUUGAACGUAGCGUUCCAGUUAUUUUUAGUUCAAUGGUUAAAACCCGCAGGAGCACAACUCGUUUGAAAAUCAGUAAUUACCGUAAAAUUUUUCUUGAGAAAAUUAAAUAUUACAUUUUCAAUGUUUUUCUUAUUGCAGACGAAAUGUAUUUUAUUAAAUAACUCUGCGAGUUUUCAACAUUUUUCGUUCAAACUUGGUCAGAUAGUGGAACUAGUCUAAUGCUUUCAUUGAAACCAAUAAAAAAUUUUAGGCAAAAUUAACACUCAAAGGUGUUCUGUAACCUUAAAUUGAUUACAACACUUGCGCUAAGGCCUAAAGAUGUAAACUAGCCUUAGUAUAGAUCCAUGCACCAUGCAUGCAGUGAGUGAGUUUAUUUCUGUGGCACACCCACAACACAGACACGCUUUUUCGUCACAUAAUUGUGUGAUUAUAAAUAAAAAAUAAUUCCACAUUUAUGUACCAGAUAAAACAUGAGCAGCCGAUCUGUAUCUGAUAUACAAACUCGAGGCGAGAGUUUGUAUAUCAGAUACAGAUCGUACUUAAAAAAUGACCCAUCUUAUGAGUUCAUUGGCAAAGUAAUUUUAAAAAUAAACAUUGUCUAAGCCGAGAAAAUCAAAGCUGAAGUUUAUGUAAAUCAGGACAAAUCUUUAUCCGAUUUACAAACAUUGAUUAAACAUUCAUUUCUUUUGUAUUUUCCUCGUGAAUUAUUAAUGAAUUUUUUAAAUAAUAAUAUAUAAUAAGCAAUAAUACAGCUGAGCAUUUCAGUCAGAAAAGGUAUUGUACAAUAUCUAAAUAUCGUUUCUCAUUUUCAGGGAACAUAUCGAACAUUAGACUGCGUAAAGUACGGGUCACAAAUUUCUAUUAUAUCUAACACUAGUUUUUGUGACGCUAAUUUCUUGAUUACGAAAGAAAAACCCUAAAACUGUUUCCUUGCUAUUAUUUUUCUAACUAUCCGUGCUGGUACACCGCGUGUAUAAAUGUAGCUACUACAUUUGCCUUAUUUACGCUUGUGUGGUGGUUUUAUACCUGUGUAUGCACAUGCUAUUCCAUUGAACACUGCCUGCCCUUUAUUUUAUAGCUCUUCGUGGUAAGGAUGUUGAUCAAGUGAAACACAGUAAUCCAGCAGAGCAGGUUUGAAGCUUUAAUAUCCAACCGAAUUUUAAUAUUUAACAGUUAUUGAAGCCGAAGGUUGAGUUGGAUAACACAAACUGAGGGCUUGAUAAUUCUUCAUAUCUGGCGAAAAUUAAAUCCCUGAUUAUUUUAUUCGAACUGCUCGGAUUUGGAAUAAACUGUAACAUCGUCCACGGUAUCAGAAAAUUUAAGUCAAUUCAAGAGCAAUGUUAUUACAAGAAUUGCUAAAAAUUAUGAUUGCACUGAAGACUAUGACUGGAAACUUGAGUAUGACAUUGUUCACUUCUAAACUCUUUAAAGCAAACACAGUGUUGUAAAUUUUAUCGACUAUCGUAUCCAAUUCUUAUUAAUGGGGCGCUGUUUUUCGGCUUCGACCAUGUUGUUGGUACCUGGCAUUUUGUAAUUUAGUUUAGUGUUUGAAGUAAGUAUCAAUGAAAAUCUCUGUCAUGGUUUUGCCAGUUCCUAUAGGAAAAAAAUACAAUUAUUAUAGUUUUGAUAUCGAAAUAUUUAUUGUCGUUUGAUUUAGGACUAUUUGACAAGAUUAGAAGCGAUAAGAAAACAAAACUACAGAGAACGAAUAGCGAUUCAGCAACGUAUGGCUAAAGUUCGUGGCCCAGUUGCCAAGGUAAUAUUUCUCCCGCUCUACAUAAUUAAUUUGUACUUUUUCAGAUUCAUCCAAUCUGCGAAUUUAAUAAUAAUAAUAAAAGCUUUUAUAAUUGAAACACGGGCACGAUAAUAUAUGAUGACGUAAACGGGUUUCUAGAACGUAAUUUACAACGGUAACCACUAUGGUACUUUUUAUGUACUAUUUGAGACAUGAACAGAAGUGUUUUAUCAGAUAUAUAGAGAUACGAGGCGAAGCCGAGUAUCUUAGGUCUGGUAAAACACGCACUGGGAAUGUUUUAAAUUGCUUCAAAAACGAUCGAUCUAGUAAGUUCAUUGGCGAAGUAAUUUUCAAAAAAUACGUUGUGUGUAAGUCGAGAAAAUCAAAGUUAACGUUUAUGCAUCAUUUUAACCUGUUAGUGUUAUGCGAUGUUAUGACCAUGCAUGUUCGCCGGUUGAAUUUAAUAGCAAUAAAUUUGAGAAGCAUGGGCUGGAGCAAAUUGAUUCGGAGACUUUACGGAAAGCCGUUCACAAGACUUUUUUCGGAAUUCAUAUUUGUUCGGAUACGAAGUUCCCACAAACUUUUCCGGAUUCGAAAGUACCGGAUUUAUACUCAAUCUGUGACCAUUUUGUAUCGGAUUCAUGCUCAUUAGGGUGAAUGGCAAGAUCAAUCCGAUAUAAAAACACCUCUGAUUUGUAUAAAGAAUCCGAAAACGUUUGCUCUAGUGUAAACGUUGUCUUUAUAAAUCCUGAAAUUAGGGCAAAUAAUCGUACAUUAAUUUCAGGAUUUAUAUGACAGUGAUUCCUAUUUUAAGAUGUAUUUUAAAUGUUUAGCCAUCAUCUGGUGGUGAAAAUGGUGAUCCAAGAGUUGAUCCUGAUGCCAGAAGAAAGAAGAUCGCCGCUCUGAAGGUUCGGUAUAUAUAAAAUGUAUGGGGUGUGAGUGGAGUAUGAGAGUGUGGGUGACCGUGGUUAGUGCACAGUGUGCAGUAAUCUGAUGAUUGCUUUUAGUUUAAAUCUUCAAAAAACCCCAGAUAUUCUCCGGGUAUUCCAUGCAGUUGCCCCUCUUUAGCGGACUAUGUUAGUACUGUAUGGUUAAAUGAGGUUUAUCAUAAUACUGGAUUUCCGA